AUGGCGCUCCCAGAUGAACUCCUGGAGGAGAUCUUCCUCCGCCUCGCCGCGGCCGCCGACCUCGCGCGAGCCUCAGCGGCGUGCGUCUCCUUCCGCCGCGUCAUCACCGGUCACCCCUUCCUCCGCCGGUUCCGCACCCUCCACCCGCCGCCCCUCCUGGGCAUCCUCUGCGGCGGCCUCAUCCCCGCCCAGCCGCCCCACCCUUCCGCCGCAGCGGCAGCCGCCUUUGCCGACGCCGACUUGUCGUGCUCCUUUCUUCCCCCAUCCCGCGACGGCCGCGCCUGGCGCCACCGCGACGGCCGCGACGGCCGCGCCCUUUUCUCCCCCGCCCUCGAGGGGAUCGACGGCGACUACAACCCCAGCCACCUGGCCACGGAGUUCGCCGUAUGCGACCCCCUGCACCGUCGCUACCUCCUGCUGCCGGCCCUCCCGGACCUUCUGGUCGGUCAAGUCCAUAGGCCGGACAUCGUGGAGUGCGAGCCCUUCCUCGCUCCUCCUGGCCCUGACGACGUUGGGGCUGACUGGUCGUCAUUCAGAGUCAUGUACUUGGUGCGGUGCACAACCAAGCUCGUCCUCUUCGUCUUCUCUACCUGCGCCGGACAAUGGCUCGCUAAUCCUGUUACAGUUGACGUGUUUCGAUGCGGGGCGGCGAUGCACCGCUUCUACGCCCAUGGAUGCUUCUGUUGGGAGGUUUUUCGGUCUGACAAGUUGCUCGUGCUCGAUGCGCGCAGGAUAGAGUUCUCCACUGUUGACCUCCCGACUCCACCUGGCCCUGAUGUGCGAAAGAUGGCCAUUGUAGAGGCAGGAGGAGGAAGGCUUGGGAUGCUUACUAUCUCUAAGCAUCCUGAACCUGGUGUAGAUCAUCUCCUGUAUGCCGUACAGUCUAAGGAUGCGAAUGCCACAAACCAGUGGCAGUCCAAGUCAGUAAUUUCUUUGCCGGAAAAUUAUCGCUAUGGCAUCAUGGGUGUAGCUGGUGGAUACUUACUCCUAACUGGGUAUCCACAAGACAAUAGGCCAAUAAGCUAUUUUUCACUGAAUCUCCAGACUUUCCAGCUUGAGUGGUUUUGUCAGACUGGUGAUAAAGUCAUCUUUGGUGACCUGUAUGCCGAUCUCCCACCGUCCUUGUCCCCACCAACUCUUUGA